AUGCCCUUUACAUCGUCUCGAAUUCCAGGGCCCACAAGCCACAAGACAAUGAAAAAAUCUUGUCAGACACCACCUCCAAGUGCUUCAUUAAGAGCUCAUGCCUCGGGAAUGACUUUACCACGAACGUCAAUUCUAAAAUCUCCAGCUCAAUCUCAACGUCCAGUCAAGAAAUUGCAGUUUCCUGGCAGACAGGAAACAAAUAGUCAAGAACAGAGAGACACUCGAGCAGGUUCAAGACCAAAUGCUCACGUUCAGAUGCCGCUAAAAGUACCAGCACGGUCAAUGCUGCAACAGAGUCCUGUUGCUGCUGUUUCGACUGCUGUUUCGAGCUUUGUACCGUCGACUGGUUCAGUUACACAGUCGGACAAUAUCCGCGUGCUGCUUCGGAUUAGACCGUCGCCGGGAAAAGACAAUAAAAAGUGUCUUGAAGUGGCUCCAGACCAACGGGGAGUGACGUUGGCACCGGGUUCGCAGCAGGAAAAGAGAUUUGGCUUUGACCGCGUGUUCACAGAGAGUUGUGAGCAGGACGAUAUUUUCCAAGAUGCAGGUCGAAGGGCAGUGGAGAAUACGAUUGAGGGAUAUAAUGGCAGUAUCUUUGCAUAUGGACAGACGGGGUCGGGAAAAACCUUUACGAUGUUGGGAGGAGCUACUACAAAUGUUCACGAAUUAAGACAAAUGCCGUUGCGUGGACUUACGCCGCGUAUUAUUGACUAUCUGUUCCAGCGACUUGCAGAGCUUGCACGAGAACGAAACCUUGCAUUUUAUAAUGGAGAAGAACAAGAGCGUGCUCUGCAAUACACGUUGGCGUGCUCGUACUUGGAGAUUUACAACGAAAAGAUUUUUGAUUUGCUGGAACCUAGUGGCUCAGUCGCAGCACAGCAGCCCAAGAGUCUUCGUGAAGACCACAACAAGGCGGUGUAUGUGGAUCAGCUGCGUGAGAUCGACGUGGGUAGUGAAGAGGAAGCGCUGACGCUAUUGCAGCUAGGCUCACAGAAUCGUCAUGUCUCGUCAACCGAAAUGAAUCGCGAAAGCUCGCGGUCUCACGCAGUUUUUUCGGUCAAGUUGGUACUGGAGGAGCGCACGUCGUCUGGCGUAAAACGUACGCGCCGUUCGUGCUUACACUUGGUGGAUUUGGCAGGUAGUGAAAAGCAGCGACAAACUCGUGUCCAUGGCAAGCGAUUAAAGGAGGCUGCACAAAUCAACAAGUCGUUGUCGGCUCUAGGCAACGUAAUCAUGGCACUAGUGGAAGUAAGCAAUGGCCAGAAGAGGCACGUGCAUUAUCGGGACUCGAAGCUUACCUUUCUUCUGCGGGACGCCUUGGGUGGCAAUGCAAUCACAAGUAUCGUGGCUACUAUUUCGCCCGAAGAGAAAUACUUUACAGAAACGCUGAGUACACUGAAGUUUGCUCAGCGUGCAAAGUUUAUCAAGAAUAAUGCUGUGCAGAACGAGGAUGCUGACUCGCUGGUACCCGUUCUCAAACAACAAAUUGAAAAGCUGGUUCAAGAAAUUGCAUCUUUGCGCAGUAGUGUCGGUAUUGGCUUGACCUCUAGCGCAAGUACUACCGAUUCAGACCUUUCUAAGGACGAGCACAUGAUGCGAUUAAAGUUAAUCGCUGACGCUGAAGCAGAAGCUCGAGCUCAGGAAAAAAAGAAAAUUCACAACCGAUGGGAGCCAGCUAUGGACAUGAUGCAAAAACUGCUGCGUGCAAGUGGAGCAUUGUCGCCUGCAGACAAUGCUGAGGAAAAGGAGCCUCGGCAGCAAGAGCGUGAUGUUGUGGAGAUCCGUUGCGAUCGACUUGAGAUGCUGCUUUAUCGCAUGAUUUGCCGUUUUGAGGAAUACAAAGAGGUCACCUUUGACCCUGACCGGUAUAAGUAUAGUCGACGCUCAACGCACCUAAAGCCAAGCAAGAUUCAAGGUUCACGAAAAUCAAUGCUUACCGCGCCCAAGCAAUACACUAGUGCUGCUGUGCGCUACCAUCAUGUCGACAACCAGGAGCACUCCGCGGAUGAUGAUGGGCCUACUGCUGCUCUGAUAGCGGCUGAGAAGCGGGAACGUGAGUUGCACAAGAAGGUGCACGAUCAAGACGGCCGUAUCGAGGAACUGUUACGGCGGUCCCAAGAAGCCGAGACGGAGAAUGCUCUUAUCCGUCACGAACUUUGCGAGCUGCUAGAGUGGAAAGCCUUUGUCGAAGAAGAACGACGUCGUGUCAGUGAUGCUGUGCCAAUGGACCCUCAGCUGGAGAGUGAAGAUGAUGAACAGGAGACACCAAUACUUGAAGUAUCGACAGUGCCAAGUGAAGAGAUGCAGGAUAUGCAGGAAAUGCUGAAUGUGUAUCGGUCACUUUUCGAUGACGUCACAGAUCUGAUGUACACGAGGAAGCCUAUACUAUGCAGUCCGCCCAGCCCGAAAUCUGGUUCUUCUGUGAUAACGGACUCUAAUUCUACCUGCUACGCUUCAGGUGAUGAGGAUGAUAUUGGCGAUGAUUGCAUCUCGGUGGAUGGUUUUGAGGCGAGCGAAGAUGGUGAUGGAGGUGCUAGUGACGCUUACCGUGAAAUCCGCCGCGUGAAUGCUCUGAGCUCACGUCUUGGGCGGAAGUUUGACCUCUAUCAGGACACAAUUCAGCGCUUAGAGAAGGAGUUGCAAACGACGAAGGACGAGCUGGAAACCUCGAGUGCUGCCACAAAAUUCGCUGAGUUCCAGCUCCAGCAGUUGCGUACGUUGGCAGCCGAUGAAGAAGCUAAGCAGAGCCAGGCAGAGCAUGACUUACGAAAGAAACUGAACGACUUAGAGAAAAUAGUGCGUUCUCAACGUGAUGAGAUAGCCCGGGUGCUAAACGAAAAGCUAGCUGAAGAUGCGCGUGCUUUGGAGUAUGAACAGGAAGUUGCACGACGUGAGGUGGAACAUCUGGAGCAUUGUCUUUGCAACAGCAGCGACUCAGGGGAUAAUGGCAACGAUAGGGAGCGGAUGGAGAGUGUAUUACUGGCCACCCAAAAACGUAUUGAAGAUUUAGAGCAAGAGAUGAAAACGACGCGAUCUACUCUGGCGACACUAGAGAUGCCAAAAGCAAGCGAUGACGAGAAACCAGUUCGAUUACAGACAUUACUGGAGUGUGCUUUGGAAGACAAUGCAAAGCUUUUGGAGACGGUGCGUGACCUUUACCAUAAGCGGCAACGUAGUGGUAACAACCUUCAGUUACUCUCUUCGUUAUUUGCGACGGCCGCGGACGCUAACUUGGACUCUGGAACUUUAAGUGAAGAAAACAAGAGCAACGAGUUGACCCGAUUAAGGCGUGAAAUAGCUGCUCUCCGAACUAGAGUUGGCGACUUGACCGACUGCAGUGCCCUCCAAGAUCUCGCUAACCGCAAUGAAGACACUAUCCAGCAAUUGCAAUUGGAACGGGCUACCUUGCAAGCGAGGCUGCAUCGAGCACAACAGAUGAGCGCACGACUGGAGGCGGAAGUACGACACGUUCGUCAAAAUGCAGUUGUUGACAGCAGCAAUGGUGUUUUUUUGAUGGAAUUUCUCGGUGGCAUGUAG